AUGUUGCAGAUGGGUUUCCAAGAUUUGGUUGAAGAACACUUGGGCACUCGUUACAAGAGGCUAAACAAUGCUGAUGAGAAGGUGGCAAGGCCUAGAAAGCUUUGGGUUAAGAAAAUGAAUGGAAGAUUCAAGGGUUUUAGGAUGGGUUUCCAAGAUUUGGUUGAAGAACACUUGGGCACUCGUUACAAGAGGCUAAACAAUGCUGAUGAGAAGGUGGCAAGGCCUAGAAAGCUUUGGGUUAAGAAAAUGAAUGGAAGAUUCAAGGGUUUUAGGGUGUCAAG